GUGGAUCCAAGAUGGCGUAGAAAGUAAAGCUAGAAGUUUUGUCCCUGAGUCAUGGCGGACAGGAGAGCGGAGAAGUCAUGUGAAGAAGCUAGCAGAUCGUUAACCAGGCGGGAGUUCGAGGCGGCAGUCAGCCACAGCACGGACGCCCUGGUGGUCCUUGCACCCCAAGCCCAGUCCUCCGGUGCCCCUGUCUCGCCGAGCCCUCCAUCCCUUGUCGUCACCUCCGGACCCCUCCGCAGCCGUGCCCUGCUUUACCGCAUUGCUGCCUUCCUUCAGCUGAAAAACUAUGAUGAAGCAGAUGAAGACUGCAAACAUGUGUUGGCAGAAGAGAUUGCCAGGGGAGACGGUUCGCUACAGGCCAGCUUGCGCUCCAUGCUAUUGGAUGGCAGCCUGCAGGAGGUGGCCAGCAUCCUCUCCAAAGCCUUGUAUGGAGAGCCAAUGAAUGGCAUUGUCACAAAAGACCUGUCCAGAUUAAAAAUGCUCUUCUCAGAAAUAGAGGCGAUAAAUAGAGAGAUGGCACCAGAAUACACAGAAGACCAGGAGGAAGAGGUCCAAGAUGGCUGGCAGUUCCGACCUCCUCCCCGAGGAGUCACCAGCAGUGAGGAGUACACCCUCUGUAAAAGGUACUUGGAGCAGGGUCUUUGUCGGUACGGGGCCCAGUGCACGUCAGCCCACUCGCAGGAAGAGCUGAUGGAAUGGCAGAAGCGCUAUGCUUCACGCCUCAUCCGCCUCAAGCAGCAGCAGGAGAGCAAACACUUCACCGAAAACUACAUGGAGACCCUGAUAGAGAAGUGGAUGAACUCACUCUGUCCAGAGAAAGUGCUAAGUGACUGUUUAGAAGGAGUGAAUGUAGAAACCAGUUCCAGCCUCUCUGUUACUGUGACCACCAAAAAGUCCUCCCACUCCUGGACCUUCUCCUUGUUGUGCAAGCCGGCUAGAAAGCUCUACCGCAUCGCCCUCCUCUAUGAUGCCCACCGACCGCACUUCUUCAUCACAGGCGUGUCUGCUGGCGAGCGGCUCGAAGCCCUCCCACAAGGCUGCCAAGAGUGGACUCCAGGAGAGGAGACAGCAGUGGCAGUGGACAACGGCAUGGAUCACUGUGUCUACAAGGUAGCAGUGGGCUUCAGCACAGAAAUCUUUGGUACCUUCAGACAGACCGUUGUUUUUGACUUCGGCUCAGAGCCUGUGCUAAUGCAACGGAUCAUGGUGGAUGCUGCGUCUAUUGAAGACCUAGAACACCUGAUGGCAGCCAGGCAGCAGCUCUUAAUGACUGCAAAACGCUGGGACUCUUCCUGUAAGACCAUUGUAGAAUUCUGUCCCAAUGAGACGAUGGCUGAACUGGAGCGCAGCCUCCUUUCCCGCUAUCAGAUCCCUCUGUCGGCCGACCAGCUCUUCACCCAGUCAGUCCUGGACAAGACUCUGACCAAAGACAACUACCAGGCCCGACUGCAUGACCUGCUCUACAUAGAAGAGAUUGCACAAUAUAAGGAAGUUAGCAAGUUUAACAUCAAAGUGAACCUCCAGCUGGUCACCAGCUUUAUGUUGACUGGCAUCUCUGUUGGAGCCAAGUAUGCCCAGAAUGGACAGCUCUUUGCACGUUUCAAACUCACCGAAACACUGUCUGAGGACACACUGGCUGGUCGAUUGGUGAUGACCAAGGUGAAUUCAGUCCUCGUGCUGCCUUUGGGCCGUGAGGGGUUCAUUAGCCACGCACCUCCCGGGGUCAAAGAGCGUGUUUACGAGGCUGUGAUUGAGGAGAAGACCAAGGAUUACAUCUUUCUAAGGAUCUGCAAGAACUGCUGUGAGGAGCUUGGACUGCUGCCUGACAGAGAAAUACAGGUGGAGCUCCAGUUCCAACUGAACAGACUACCACUGUGUGAGAUGCACUAUGCCCUGGAUCGUAUCAAAGAAAACAACAUCCUCUUUCCUGACAUUGGCAUGGUCCCCACCAUCCCCUGGAGCCCAAACAGGCAAUGGGAUGAGCAGCUGGAUCCCCGUUUGAAUGCCAAGCAGAAAGAAGCCAUCCUGGCCAUCACCACACCCGUCACCAUCCCUCUGCCCCCAAUCCUCAUCAUCGGACCCUAUGGCACCGGCAAGACAUUCACCCUGGCACAGGCUGUCAAGCACAUCCUGCGCCAGGACCACAGCAGGGUCCUGAUCUGCACCCACUCCAACAGUGCAGCUGACCUUUACAUCAAGGACUACCUUCAUCCAUAUGUUGAAGCAGGCAAUCCACAUGCCAGACCUCUCAGGGUGUACUUCAGGAACCGCUGGGUGAAGACGGUCCACCCAGUGGUCCAGCAGUACUGUCUCAUCUCCAGCACACACAUGACUUUCCAGAUGCCCACAAGGGAGGACAUCCUCAGGCACCGUGUGGUGGUGGUCACCCUCAGCACCUCCCAAUACCUCUGCCAGCUUGACUUGGAGCCUGGACUGUUCACUCAUGUCCUCUUGGAUGAAGCAGCCCAGGCCAUGGAGUGUGAAACCAUCAUGCCUUUUGCUCUAGCUAGCAAGACCACUCGCAUUGUGUUGGCUGGAGACCAUAUGCAGCUCAGUCCAUUUGUGUACAGCGAGUUUGCGCGGGAGCGUAACCUGCAUGUGUCACUGCUGGACCGACUGUAUGAGCAUUACCCCGCUGAAUACCCCUGUCGCAUCCUCCUGUGCGAGAACUACCGCUCCCAUGAAGCUAUCAUCAACUACACGUCAGAGUUAUUUUAUGAUGGGAAGCUAAUGGCAAGUGGAAAGCAGCCCUCUCAUAAGGACUUCUACCCUCUGACCUUCUUCACAGCCAGAGGAGAAGAUGUUCAGGAGAAAAACAGCACUGCCUACUACAACAACGCUGAGGUAUUUGAGAUUGUUGAACGGGUCGAGGAGUUGCGCAAGAAGUGGCCGGUAGCCUGGGGCAAGCUGGAUGAGGGCAGCAUCGGAGUGGUGUCACCAUACGCCGACCAGGUGUUUCGCAUACGUGCUGAGCUCCGAAAGAAGAGAAUGCACGAGGUCAGCGUGGAACGAGUGCUCAACGUCCAAGGUAAACAGUUCCGGGUGCUGUUUCUCAGCACGGUGCGGACGCGGCAUACCUGCAAGCACAAGCAGACGGCCAUCAAGCGUAAAGAGCAGCUAGUGGAGGACUCAACAGAGGACCUGGACUAUGGAUUUCUGUCCAACUACAAGCUCCUUAACACAGCCAUCACCAGAGCCCAGUCCCUGGUUGCCGUCGUGGGAGACCCCAUAGCACUGUGCUCAGUCGGACGCUGCAGGAAGUUCUGGGAGCACUUUAUCUCCAUCUGCCAUGAAAACACAAGCCUUCAUGGCAUCACCUUUGAGCAGAUCAAGGCUCAGCUGGAGGCCCUGGAGCUCAAGAAGACCUACGUCCUCAACCCUCUGGCCCCAGAGUUCAUCCCCCGUGCCCUCAGGCCCCUGCAAGGCCACCACUCUUCCUCGCAGGUCCUCCAUCCCCACCAUCAUCCAAAUCCUCAGCAUGCACAGCCCACCUCCAUCAAGCAGGGUCCACAACAACAGCAGCAGCAGCAGCAACAGCAGCAGCAGUCACCUCCUAAGGGGAAACACGCAAACCACACAGAGCAUGUUCCACCUGAAGGAUAUGGCCAACCCAACACAAACGUUCUGAUGGGAAACCCGAUUCGGGCAUUCACACCACCCUUGGGUGGCACACCAGCUGGCAUGGGCAAGUCACCCAGCCCUGUUCAGAGGAUAGAUCCUCAUACAGGCGCCAGCAUCCUGUAUGUUCCAGCUGUAUAUGGUGGAAAUAUGGUCAUGUCCAUGCCCCUGCCUUUGCCUUGGCCAGGUUACCAGAAUCGCUUUGCUGUGGAUCCUCGCAUCAUGAGCCAUCAGGCAGCCAUGGCCUACAACUUUAACCUGUUGCAGGCCCAGAAUCGAGGCUCCCCCAUCCCUUACAGUGGGGUAGCCCACCCCUCUCCUCUAGGAAUGGGGCAGCCCAGCCCUGACAAGGAGCUACAGACAGACCCCAUCAGAAAUGGUAAAUUAGAGGGAUGUCCAAAGUCAGAGCAGAGCCGUCUUCAGACACCAGAGAGGAAAUCCACAGACAUAAAGGAUAAACAGGCAAAUUUAGACACAGGCCAAAGUCGAAGUCUGGACUCACAGACAGACGGGCUAGUUGGAUUUCCCAAUGCACUGCUCCAUCGAAAAGACCCCUCAGCUGCCCAAAGACCCCUCAACUACCACCUGGCACCACCCAACCCAGCUUUUCCUCCACAUCCUGCCAGUGGGAGACCCUUCCCCCCACAGUAUCCAGUCUCUAGGCUUCCUUAUCGGGUCAACCAGCCUCAACACCCUGGGAUGGCCCAGCAGAGUCAACAGCAACAGCUCAGCCCUGCCUACACUGGUGGUAGCCACAACGCUUCCUUCUUCAGUGGCCCCAUGGCACCUCAUAGGGCUGUCCAGUCUCCCACCUUGGAUGGACCAGAGUCUGGAGGAGUCGAGGAGAUGAGUAGGACCCCAAUGGGCCACCCGGGGGGCCACCACCCAGGUCUAUCACAGCACAACAGGGUCAACAGCUUUGGGGAGGAUGGACAGGAUGGAAGCCUGGGUGAUAGUUUGGACCUCCAGGGUCCCUUGGCGCUAGAGGCCCUGAACCAGCAGCAGCAGGCAGCAAGGCUCGGCCAGUGGGGAGAGGCUGCAGGUCCGUUCCUUCCGGGCAGCGUCGCCUUCCCUCUGCCCCAACAGAUCGCCCACCUUGCUCAGCCCGGCAUGGCUCGUUUCCCCCAUCAGCUGCUGCGGGCAGCUAGUUGGGGCCUUAGUGCCAAUAUGGAGGAUGAAGGUGUUCCUUCUGUUCCCACUGGGCCACCUUUCACCAGGUACCCGGGCCUCUUGAGAGAGAUGCCCCCACAGGAGCAGCCUGAACCCAGAGAAGCAGCUGAGAUGCAACCCCCUCCUCAAUCUCGUCUCCUCCAGUACCGCCAGUCCCAGUCCCGUUCCUCAGGUGACCCUUCAUCCGCAAAUCAUGCUGGCCCUUUUCCAUCAGGACCUUACUCCCAUGAAACUGGUCGCGAUAUCCUUAACGACAACCUUCUCAACAACCCAGCUCUGCAGCAGCAGCAUCACCCGGGGAACCCCCUAUACAAUGCUGGUAGCUACCCUCAUCAGCCACCAGCCCACCCUGUCAGCCCCCCUCCCUCCCAGGUCAAAUACCUUCUGCAAGAGGCCCAGUGGUCCCACGGUGGAGCUUCGUCAGUGAGCCCACCACAGCAAAACCAUCUGUUAGGAAACCAGGGCCACGGCCUUCCCUAUGGACUGCCGAUCAUGGCUCACCCCAGUAGGCAGGAGCAAGUCCACUUGAUGCAACUCCACCAUCAGCACCAGCAGCAGCAGCAGCAGCAGCAACAACAACAACAACAACAACAACAACAACAACAACAACAUCAACAUCAACAACAAAGUCAAGGUCCAGACCAGGAUUCUUACCACUCACUGUCCCCCAGAACAUCAGCAGCCACAGCCCUUCACAGUGUAGAUGAGUAUGAACCCAGAGGUCCAGGUCGGCCUCUUUAUCAGCGCCGCAUCUCUUCUAGCUACCCAGAUGAAUCGUCUCCAGCCAACACCCACAAUACCCUGUCCCAUCAUCCCCAGCCGUGUACAUCAGACCCCCAGGACCACCCCCAUCCGCACAUACAGCAUCAUCAGCACCCACACACCCCCUACAGUUAUCCCCCACAUGACCUCUGGCCCAGUAAUGGCGGGGGUCCCGGUCCGUUCCAGAACAUUCCAUGUAACGGAGCCGGCACACUCACGCAGCACCGGGACCUUCUAGCUUCUAAGGCCCUUCGUCAGACAGAGGAGCAGGUGAAAGCCGAGGCCACAGCAGCACAGCAGACACACCCGCACUCCCUCAACUCCCUUCAGCACCUUGGACAGUUUCCUCCCCUCAUGCCCAAUAACAAGCAGCAGCAGCAGCAGCCACCGCCACCACCGCAGGCUCCCACAGAGCCCAACCAGGGUGCUCCAAAUUUAAGCAAACCACCCACCAUGUCCUACGCCAGCGCCCUCCGUGCUCCACCUAAGCCCCGAGCUGUUCGCCCUGAGCAGGUCAAAAAGAACAGCGACCCGCUCUCCCUCCUACAGGAGCUGAGUAUAGGAAGUUCAAUUGGUAGCAAUGGGUACUAUUCCUACUUCAAAUGAGUGUCACCUCUCCCAUAUAAUGAAUAAGUGAUAAAAUACCAAACUUAAAAAAAAAAAAAAAAAAUUUAAAAAAAAAUUUAAAAAAAAAAAAGGAAAAACUGUCUCUAAAAAUUUUUAAAAAAUAGUGCAAAGUGCAUUUACAAAUUGUUUCUAUCAGUAGGUUUGUUUUCUGCAUUUGUUUAAUUUUAACUUUUUAUUUGUAACAGUCAUCUUUUCUCCUGUUUCACAUAUCUGUGAAGAAAAUAAGUAUAUAUAAUGAAUGCAUUACUGGUAUAUAUACAUACUCAUUAUGUAUAUAUGAAUAUAUACUUAUAUUAUCUACACUUGUAUAUGUACGUAAUGCUAAAAAAAAGUUAUAAAAAAAAUUAAAAAAUUAAAAAAAGGCAAGGUUGGUUGACCACUUAGCUACCUGCAUAUAUUUUCCUUAUUGAAGUUGGUUUUGUUGGUUACUAAAUACGUAUGUUGGAAGGUUUUUUUCCGUUUUUUUUUUCAUUUUGUAUUCCUCUGUUUUGAGUGGACGUUAUGUCUUGAUUUUCAUACUACUGUAGUUGUGGUAACGGACAAAAGCUAAGUGGUCAACUGACAAAGAAACUACAUGGAACAGUGUAUAGAAGUAGAUAAAUUUUCCUCUAAUCUGUACAUAUAAAGAAAAUAAAUGACUGAAUUGUAUGCCACAGACAUGUCCUUAAAUUCCUGUAUCAUGCUAGCAUUUGCAUUAUGAUUGCUUUUCCCUUUGUUGGCUUCUGAUCAUUAAUUCUUAGACAUUCUUACCUGGGAAUCGCCUUCAGUGAUUUUAGUAGUAAAUGUGAUUUUAUUUACGGAAAAAUAAUAAUAAAAAUAUUGAUUGCAUAUGUUUUACUUUUCACCAAUGUCUCAUCAGCAACAAUAGAUAUAGUGUGAAAAUGUUAAAAUAGAAACAACCAUGUCAAGUCAUCCUUUUGUUUGCUUUAAGGAUCAGAGAUAACCAGACAUUGCUUUCUGUGAUAAGAUUAUCCCGAACUGCUUCGCUUGUGGCCGAUGCUCAUUUUUAUUCCUUUUUAUUUGUUUGUUUUUCAUCGUUGAGAAAGUCAUUGCAUAGUGACCGUUACUUUCAACUCGUGACAAAUGGGUUGUCAACAAAAUCUUCACCAGGGAGAUUGUUUCAAUAACUUCUGGGGAUUUUACAUGUGUUGUUUGUUGCUAAUGGACAUGGAGUUUUAUUUUUCUUUGAAAAGGUUGCAGUACUCUGAGGGUUUGUGAAAGUGACGAGAGAGUGGUGUGGCAUGAUGGGUAAGUUGAAACUGAGGGUGUGCUCAACACUGCCAGUCAAACGUUUUUGAACACACUAAAUGUGAGCAUUUUUGGUUACAUCCGAGGCAUAUAUGAAACUGUAGAUUCAGUGAAAAAAAUACCCUGAAAUUUGAAAACAAGUAAAAAAUAUUGAAGGUGUGAAAUGCUUUUUGUUUUAUUGGAAAUGGCCUUAAUUUAUGUUGCUGUAGCAAACAGUCAAUACUAGCACUGUUUAUCCUUUUAACAUACAGUUCUCACAGAUGUUUUGCAGUCAGAGAUUUUAACAGUUUCUAAAUGCCUUUUGGUAGUGUAAACCAGAUUGCCCAAAGAUCCUUUUGCCAUUUUCUCUGUAAGACAAUCUUUGUGUAAUAUGAACUUUAUAACUAAUAGUAACCACUUAUCUCUUUCCUGGGCUGACGUUUGCUAUCAGUUCCACCAAAAACAUUGAUCAUUUCCCAUAAAAUAAAGCAUUUCCCAAUUCUUAAUCAAAUUUCCAAGUCCAGGGUAUUUAAAGCAACACACUGCUUGAGAUUUAAAGAAAAAUAAAAACUAUAAAAGGUAACCAUUCAAUAAGCUGUUCAAAGACGUAAGACUGAUAGUGUGUCAGUUUUUAGAUUGUGCAUCAUAAGAAUGAAUUGGUAUUGUCAUGGAAGUUGUUCCUGGUCAUUUUGAGAAUUCAAUUAUCCACUUUUUUCACUCUGAUUGGUAUAUUAAUAUUACAGCAGUAGAUGGAUCUUGUUCUUUUUAAUUAAAUUGAAAAAAAGCUCUGACCAUGCCUUUCAUCUGCUCCACCCACAUCAUUUUUCCCCUCUUAUGUCCUACAAAACAUCUUAUAAUGUUACUAGGGAACCGUCAUGAUUGCGUUCCAGUCAGUGAGUUUCUUGUUAUCGAUUGACACCCAAGGAGGCCACACAGCUACAUGCACAUGAAUUUUACCGCUCAAAUACUGAAGCUCUGGUCAUUUAAGUCCCAUGUAGGUAAAAUAUAAAAAGAUGCUGAUAAACUAUAUCUGCCAAGUCUUUCCUUUUAUGAUAAAAGCAAUACUGGAAACAGUCAUCCAGUGUUUAGUCCUGUUAUAUGUAAUUCAUUAAUUGUUAAAACUCCACUGCCCCACCUGAAAAUUGGUAAAACAGUUGGAAACAAAAAAAAAUAAGAAAAAAAAACUCAUCCCACUGUAUCAUGACUUUCAUAUGAAAGUCAGUCACUUCCUUUGAUGUGUUCUGAACAGUCAGCAGAGAGCCUCACGCAGCUAUGGUUUUAUUUCACGUUUUUUGAAGUUGUAAUUCAGAGGUCCAGAUUUUUUGACUUAGCUGAGAACAACACAUACUUGUAAAUAUGCAUUUUCUAGGUAUUUACAAACAAGAACUUUGGGAGCGCCUCAAUUUUGUAGAAGCUGUUCAAAGAAGAGGUGUGCCCUUUUUAAUUAUGCAAAUUCACACAAAAAAACCUAAUAAUUCUAGAAAUGGACAACAACAACCCAGUUGGUAGUUGCAACCUCUCGUAACUUUUUAGAUAUUUUUUUUAAGAUGGUGUCUGGCUGAUUUGACAAAGAGGAGAAUUUAUGUUGCAGCUGUGUAAGACAACUUAUUUCACUGUACAAUACAUAUUUUUAAGUAUAUGUCGCUGGAUUUGUCCUGUUUUCUCACCACUUCACAGCUAUAAAACAAUCAACAUGGAUUUUUUUUUUUUUUUUUUCAAAUGUGAAGACUGUUUUGUUUUUUUUCUUUUAAUGCAUGUUGAUAUGACCAGCUGGUUUUUAAUCCCUGUUUUUAUCAGUUUGUAUUGAUUUGUGGAUGAAAAAAAGAAGCUUUUGUUCAACCUACAGAGUCAAAAAUGUUGGUAUAUUAUUUGAUGUGUGCGAUAACUUGUGACAUUAUCAGCAAAACUAUUAUAAUAUUUUACUAACACGUCAAUCAAAUAUGUAAUGGUCAUGUAAGUUCUUUUUAUUUUUCUUUCUGUGGUUAUUUAGCAGGGCGAAAGCUGAGGUUGCUCCCUGGUGUGUGUCGUAUUUGUACGUGUUCGUUUGGGGAAACAAAAACAAAAAAAAAGUCGUUGGCUAAUCUCUGAAGUCGUGCAAUACUAAUAUUUCACCGCUUCUUCAGCUACACUUUUAUUUAUUUUUUUUAAGCAGAAGAGAUUGAGCCAAAGACACUUUAAAGGGAUUUUAUUUAAAGUUUUUCUUUAUUAUUCCGUUGUGUUUCUGGCCUCAUUUUUGUCCCGUCAGGAGUUUUUUUUUGUUUAAAAAAAAAAAAAAAAAAAAAAAAAAAAAAUCAGUUUUGACAGGAACCUUGCUAUGAAAUUAUGGAUCUUUACUUGUAAUGAAGUUGGAUUUGCACCAUAUAUUACCAUAUGAAUUUGACAUCAUCUUAAAAAAUAUUGUGUUGCCUUCUUUUUUGAAGAAAACAAACCCAACUUGUGUGUGUGUGGCACAUGUGAAGGGAGCAACCUUUUGCCCAGCCAGUAGAGAGCACUGUGUUCAGCCUUCUAUAAACGCCACAUCUCUUCCUGUUAUCUGUUCGCUCUCCUCUGUUCUUCCCUCGCUGCAGUGAAUCAAUGGCACACCUGUUCACCCAGGGCCCCCCUCCCCUCUUCCCCUCCAGUCCCAUUGGUUUCUCCCUCGUGGGUACAAAAAUAAUGAAUAGAUCUGUUUUACUCUUCUUCAUUUCAAUUGGUGGUGGUUAUAAUAAAGGAUUUAGACUGUGUUUCAAAGGUUUAUUUUUUUUUUAUUUGUUUCUCUAUUAAAGUGUUUUUAUUGAAA